AUGGAAAUUGACUCGAUAUUUAAAUUAUUACCCACAGAAAUUCGUCAAGAAAUAUUUAAAAAUUUUGACAAAGGAACUUUAUUCAAAUGUCUAUUACUUGAUCGGCAAUUUUGUCGUGAAAUCGUGCCGAUUCUUUGGGAAGCACCGUUACUAGAAUCUAGUAUUUUAAAGCAAAGAACUAUCAGUGCUGACAAACAAAUGAACAACAUCAUCGGUGUUUAUGUUAGAAGCUUCACGAAUACGACAUGGAUGUAUCUCUAUACAAAUGGAAAUGGCAUCCGACCACAAAAUACCCGACAACCAACCUUUAAUUAUGCUUCUUUUUUGCGCCAUUACGAACCAAAUUCAGUAUAUAUCGCGGUAGGCGUAUGGUUGCUUCGUAAUAGUAUGCGAAAUGAUCACAUAAACUGCAAGCUUGUUGCGAGUUCCUUGUGUAAACUCUUCCUAACUGAGUCGAAUUUGUUGCGAUCCUUGCAUUACGACUUUGAGAAUGACAAGGAUUUUUGGGAUUCGAUUCCUCAGGACUGUUCAGCCCAAGUAUUAUUGAAAAACCUCAAAGAAUUAAAGAUUCAUGAAUUCUCUUUCGAAAAGCAUCAACCAAUGUUUUUUGAAAAUCUGGCGAAUGCUUGUCAUUCAAUUCGUGGAGUCACACUUGAAGCAAACUCAAUUUCACCCCUUCAAACUCAAGACAUACGAGUAAACAAACAUACUGUCGAAGGGUUAAAAAAGGCUCUAAGUGCGCAAAGUGAAUUGCAAUGGAUUCGCAUAUAUUCUUUUCCAAGUUAUGCUAUCAAACUCAUCUGUCAUGCUCUAAAUCCGUCAGCUGAAAAAUUACGGGCUAUACAAUUUUCCGGUAUCAAUUUCGAAUAUUAUAGAGCUGAGAACAUAAUUUCAGGAUUGAGUGCUUGCAUCAAUCUGCUCUGUCUAGAUUUUAUAAAUUGCACUUCAUUAGAGCAGCAAUAUUGGUAUGAAGCCGCACAAAAUUUUCAGAAACUGGAAUAUUUGUCAAUUCAGUCAUCAGCGUCUCAUGAGAUGCCAGUAAAUCUAAUAAAGGAGAUAAUCAAAUCAAGUGGAGAUAGUCUUCAUUAUCUUCGCAUACAAUGUCAUGAAAAUAACAACUUUGCUGAUGUUUGCUACGAAAUUCUUCCUUUGAUCCUUGCUUAUUCAUACAAUUUAUCCGCAAUCGAUCUGAUUAAUAUGGGCGUAGAAAACUUGACCGACCUAUUCAAUGCAUGUCCGAAUCUUGAGCAUCUGAAUGUGUAUUCAAAGAAUCUCUUACAGGCAUUUAGAGUUUUGUCUCGAAAACUUGUACCUAAUAUCAAAUCGCUUGAAAUUCACGUCGCGUCUUAUCAAGAUCUCGUUCCAUAUUAUCAAGAAUUACCAAUAGGGGAAGAAGCGCUCUUUGAUUUUCUAGAAGUCAUUUGUCAAAAUGUUAAACGUCUAUAUCUUCCCACUAUCAUGAUUGAUAAUGAAUAUCAAAGAAAUCUAGCUGACAUGUUUGGCAUUAAAGUAACUUGCGGGUCAAUGAAUGAUA